GCCAGCUGCUAGGAUCUCCCUCAGGAAUGACGCUAUAAAAACAAACCGUGAUUGGCUAGGUCCGAGCUGAAUUCUCCAUUUAUGGACAGAGUGGCUGGUGCUGGGCAUCGGCUGCACAGGCGGAGUGGGGCUCUCGCUCCCACUCCCGGGCCGGGCACACACUCCGCUGAGGAGCCGAGCCCCGUCAGAGCAUGAGAGGAGCCUCCAGCCUGACACCCGCCCGCCGCAUGGGGUCCGCGCUGGCCUCCCCUCUGCGCCGCUAAACUUGGGUCUCAGCCCCCACUUGGCGGACUUGGAGGCUAACCGAGGGGGAGGAAACCAGCCCCGUCCCCGCCUCCCGGAUCCCGGGCAGCCUGUGCGGAGCAGCAGCGGCAGACGGGGCAGCGCAGCGCAGCGCGAUGGGCAGCAAGGGGCACUACCGAUAUCACUGGCAGAGUCACAAUGUCAAACAAAGUGGAGUGGAUGAUAUGGUCCUUCUCUCCAAAAUCACAGAGGAUUCCAUAGUGGAGAAUCUAAAGAAACGGUACAUGGAUGAUUACAUCUUUACAUAUAUUGGAUCUGUGUUAAUCUCUGUGAAUCCUUUCAAACAGAUGCCAUACUUUGGAGAAAAGGAAAUUGAAAUGUAUCAGGGAGCUGCUCAGUAUGAAAAUCCACCACAUAUCUAUGCUCUAGCGGACAACAUGUACAGAAACAUGAUUAUUGACAGAGAAAACCAGUGUGUCAUUAUCAGUGGUGAAAGUGGUGCUGGAAAGACUGUAGCUGCUAAAUAUAUCAUGAGUUACAUCUCUAAAAUAUCAGGAGGUGGUCCCAAGGUACAGCAUGUGAAGGACAUUAUUCUGCAGUCAAACCCUUUACUGGAAGCCUUUGGGAAUGCGAAGACUGUGCGGAACAAUAACUCCAGCAGAUUUGGGAAAUACUUUGAAAUACAGUUUAGCCCAGGUGGGGAGCCUGAUGGUGGAAAGAUCUCCAACUUUCUCCUGGAAAAGUCUCGAGUGGUAAUGAGGAAUCCUGGGGAGAGGAGUUUUCACAUUUUUUACCAGCUUAUUGAAGGUGCCUCCUCAGAGCAGAAACACAGCCUGGGCAUUACCAGUAUGGAUUACUAUUACUAUCUGAGCCUCUCUGGAUCCUACAAAGUAGAUGACAUAAAUGACAAAUCUGAUUUUCAGGAAACUCUGCAUGCAAUGAACGUGAUUGGCAUCUUUGCAGAGGAACAGACACUGGUACUACAGAUCGUGGCAGGAGUGCUGCACUUGGGAAACAUCAGCUUUAAAGAAGUUGGCAACUACGCGGCAGUGGAGAGUGAGGAGUUUUUGGCUUUCCCUGCUUUCCUCCUCGGAAUUAACCAAAGCCGCCUGAAAGAGAAACUGACCAGCAGGCAGAUGGACAGUAAGUGGGGAGGCAAAUCAGAGUCCAUUAAUGUGACACUUAAUGUGGAACAGGCCUGCUACACCAGAGAUGCUCUAGCCAAAGCCCUUCAUGCCCGCAUCUUUGACUACCUGGUGGAUUCCAUUAAUAAGGCUAUGGAGAAGGACUAUGAAGAGUAUAACAUUGGUGUCUUAGACAUUUAUGGCUUUGAAAUAUUUCAGAAAAAUGGUUUUGAACAGUUCUGCAUCAACUUUGUUAAUGAAAAACUGCAGCAGAUUUUUAUUGAACUGACACUGAAGGCAGAACAGGAAGAAUAUGUGCAAGAAGGAAUUAGGUGGACAGCUAUAGAUUAUUUCAACAACAAAAUAGUAUGUGACCUCAUUGAGAAUAAAGUGAAUCCCCCAGGAAUUAUGAGCAUUCUGGAUGAUGUUUGUGCCACAAUGCAUGCAGUGGGAGAGGGAGCUGACCAGACGCUGCUCCAGAAACUCCAGAUGCAGAUUGGGACUCAUGAACAUUUCAACAGCUGGAAUCAGGGAUUUAUCAUCCACCAUUAUGCAGGAAAGGUAUCCUAUGACAUGGAUGGAUUCUGUGAGCGGAAUCGGGAUGUUCUUUUCAUGGAUUUGAUUGAACUCAUGCAGAGCAGUGAGCUACCUUUUAUAAAGGCUCUAUUUCCUGAAAAUCUCCAAGCAGACAAGAAAGGCCGCCCAACCACUGCUGGCAGUAAAAUUAAGAAACAAGCAAAUGAUCUUGUUGGUACCCUGAUGAAAUGUACACCUCACUAUAUCCGCUGCAUCAAGCCCAAUGAAACAAAGAAGCCUCGAGAUUGGGAGGAGAGCAGGGUAAAGCAUCAAGUGGAAUACCUAGGGCUGAAAGAAAAUAUUCGAGUAAGGAGAGCAGGCUAUGCGUACAGACGGGUAUUCAAAAAGUUUUUGCAGAGAUAUGCCAUUCUGACCAAAGCAACCUGGCCUUCCUGGAAAGGAGAUGAGAAAAAGGGGGUUCUCCACCUGCUCCAAUCAGUCAAUAUGGACCCUGAUCAAUACCAGCUUGGGAAAACUAAGAUCUUUAUCAAAGCUCCAGAGUCUCUGUUUUUGCUUGAAGAGAUGAGAGAACGGAAGUAUGAUGGAUAUGCUCGGGCAAUCCAGAAGGCAUGGAGGAAAUACAUGGCCAGGAAGAAGUAUGUACAAAUGAGAGAAGAAGCCUCAGAUCUGUUGCUGAACAAGAAAGAGAGAAGGCGAAACAGCAUCAACAGGAACUUUAUUGGGGACUACAUAGGCAUGGAGGAGCAUCCAGAGUUACGUCAGUUUGUAGGGAAACGGGAGAAGAUUGAUUUUGCAGACACGAUUACUAAAUAUGACAGACGGUUUAAGGGUGUGAAGCGAGACCUUGUCCUCACCCCAAAGUGCAUAUAUCUGAUUGGGCGUGACAAGGUGAAGCAGGGGCCAGAAAAAGGCCUGGUGAAGGAGGUGUUAAAGCGGAGGAUUGAGGUGGAAAGACUUCUUUCUGUUUCCCUAAGCACAAUGCAGGAUGACAUUUUCAUUCUACAUGAACAGGAAUAUGAUAGUUUGCUUGAAUCGGUCUUCAAAACGGAAUUUUUAAGCCUUUUAUCUAAGCGAUAUGAGGAGAAAACACAAAGAAAACUACCUCUGAAAUUUAGCAAUACACUUGAAGUGAAGCUGAAGAAGGAGAAUUGGGGACCAUGGAGUGCAGGUGGUUCUCGCCAAGUGCAAUUUAUGCAAGGCCAAGGAGAUUUAGUUAUUCUCAAGCCAAGUAACAAGGUGCUGCAGGUCAGCAUUGGACCAGGACUACCAAAGAAUUCCCGCCCUACGAGACGGAACAUUACCCAAAGCCAAAGGUAUUCUCCUAGGACUCAAAGUCAGAAUUACCCCAUGAGGGCUGCUCCACCUCCCCCAGGUCACCAUCAAAAUGGAGUGAUAAAAAGCCCUCAAUUUGUGCCACAUCCCCACACCCCAGCAAACCAGCGAGCUGGUCAGAAGAACCUGCAAACUACUAUGGUGCGCCCACCUUUACCACAGCAGCUCUUGGCAGGAUCAGACAAGGUUUCACACCAACCAGAAAGUCUGGACUUCCUCAAGGUGCCUGACCAAGGUGCUGCUGGUAUUCGUCCUGGACAGGCUGCGUCAAAUGGGAUAAUUGUUCGCAGGCAGACAACAAACCGGCCCCCACCAGCUGGAGGGAGACCUAAACCACAGCCAAAACCCAAGCCUCAGGUACCGCAGUGCCGGGCACUGUAUGCAUAUGAUGCUCAGGACACAGAUGAACUUAGUUUUAAUGCCAAUGACAUAAUUGAUAUAAUCAAAGAAGAUCCCUCAGGCUGGUGGACAGGCAGAUUACGAGGGAAGCAAGGACUGUUCCCCAACAACUAUGUGACCAAGAUAUAACAAAAUACUAAGGCGGUUUUGUUAAAUGAAGGAUAGCGUGACACUACCAAUAAUUGAAAAAUAAGAUGCUUUCCCCUCCCUCUCUCACAUGAGGACAAAUGACAGUUCUCCGAGGCUAUAAUUCUUAGCAGCAUCUUCACCAGUGAAGUUGUAUACAAGCAAGAAAAAAAGUCACUCAGUUUACUGGCCAUAAAGCAAAUGUGCAAAUCUAUGCCUCAGAUACACGUAUGGAAGUAGUGAAAAAUGAAUUAUUUAUUAUAUUUAAACCUGUUUCUAGUGCGGAGUGAAUGAAGGUGUAGUCCGUAGUUUUCCUGAAACUGCACAGUGCUUUGCAAUCUGGGGCCAGGGACUUUGGAAAGGUUGUAUUUAACAAGUGCCUUUAGUUUUUAUACAUAUAUAUGUAUAUAUAUAUAAUGAAGAUGGCCUUAUGCACAUUUCCUCUGAUGUGGCUCACUCUGGGGACCAUGGUAAGAAUGCUGCUACAUGUCACACUGAUUUAGGAUAGGGGAUGGUAUAUUUAAAUAGUUCUGUACAGAUGUGUAAUGGAGCUGGUUUAUUGCUUGCCAGUAAAGUUUAGGGAUUCCAAAAGGCACUGCCAAAACAACCCAACCCUGUCUGCUCUACAAUGCUGCCUUCUCCAUGAUUUAUAGAAGAAUAUGGCUGGCCCAUGUUGGAUUUAUGUUUAAUGCUCUACCUGUUACAGAGAGCAACUCUUUCCCCUGAGCUGUACAUGUAUAGGAACAGAUCAUAUACUGUAUAUAAAAACUCUAAUAUAGUAGAAAUAUGUAUGAAAGUACAAUAUAGUAUUCACUGUACUUAUUCAUAAGGUAGUUUUAUUAGGUUUGUGCCAGGUACUUCCAAAUAUGCACUAUUCUUUUAAUGAUAAAACCAAUGUUAAUGCUUUUAAACCCAGUUGCCUCCCCCACCAUUUAAAAUGGCUGUUGCUUACCAUGCAGAUAUCAUCAGCAUCCAUCUUUUUCUCCUGACACUCCCUCAAUAAAAUACAGGAACCAA